CCAUGAAAUAUUUCAUCCUCACAAUUGCCCUCUUCGCCUCCUUGGCCUUGGCUCAGGAUAAAUACACCACCAAAUACGAUAACAUUGAUUUGGAUGAAAUUCUAAAAUCUGAUCGCCUUUUCAAUAACUAUUAUAAAUGUUUAGUGGAUUCGGGUACCUGCACUCCCGAUGGUCGUGAAUUGAAAAAUACCCUACCCGAUGCCCUGCAAACCGAAUGCAGUAAAUGUAACGAGAAACAAAAGGCUGCUGCCGAAAAAGUAAUUCGUUUCAUUAUCGAUAACAAACCCGAAGAAUGGAAGGCAUUGCAACAGAAAUACGAUCCCGAAAAUGUCUACUAUAACAAAUACAAGGGUGAAGCCGAGAAACGUGGUAUUAAAAUCUAAAUGCCUG